UGCCUUUGGGGGUGGAAAAAGGGGGAGAUCCUCCCCCCACAUCUUCCCGGGGAAUUCAUGGGGGGGAGUCGCAUGCAUGCAACCAAGCUGCAACAUUGGGGGCCGAACAGCUGCAGAGCUUCCAUUGCACGAUCCCCUUUGAAGCGCCCUCUCUGCCAGGAGUGGGGCUGGGAGUGGGAAGAGACGCCCUGUUGCAGAGGAGACGUCCGGGUGCCGGGGCUAAGAAAGCCACCUCACUGGGCUGCUGUGUGAGGACAAAAGGGGAGCAGGAGCAGGUGUCCCCCUCCCCAAACGCCUUGGACAAGAAAGCAGACCAAAAAAAAAGAGACGUUCACAGUUCUCCAGUUUCAAAACCAGCCGUGGGAACCCUUUCUGGCUCUGCGGGCCAGAUCAUUACUGGACCCUCGCCUCAGGAUCCAACUUUGACGCAUGGGAGGAGCUCUUUGAAUGCUGGUCUGGUGACCUUUAAGGAGGAGGCGCAUUUCAUGGAGGAGGAGUGGGCUCUGCUGGAUCCGGGCCAAAGCGCUCCGCGCAGGGAAGCCAUAGAGGAGAAUUAUGAGGUUGGAGCCUCUUUCAAAUUGGAGCUCAAUUCCUGUUUGGAAGACGGAGAGGAUCUUCUUAUUCAGGUUCCCAAAGAGGAGGAAGAGGAGGAGACCUCAGCAGAACGAGACCUCACUUACUGUAAGGAAGAAGGAGAAAGUCUGUUUAUCCAGGUCGUCAAAGAAGAGGAGGAGACCUCAGCAGGAUACAUCAAUGCUGAGGGAGAACCAUCUGAAGUAUCACUGGAAAAAGCUGAGGAACAGGUGCAGGAGCAGAAAAUGAGGAGUCAGGAUGGAGCAAAGAGACAAGAGGAGAGACAGACUCACACAGGGGACAAACCUCAUAAAUGCUUGGAGUGUGGAAAAAGCUUCAGUAGGAGUGGCUACCUUACUAAGCAUAAAAGAUGUCACACAGGGGACACACCUUAUAAAUGUUUCGAGUGUGGAAAAACCUUCAGUAAGAGUAGCCACCUUACUUUGCAUCAAAGGAUUCACACAGGGGACAAACCUUAUAAAUGCUUGGAGUGUGGAAAGCGCUUCAGUCGGAGUGACCACCUUACUUCGCAUCAAAGAACUCACACAGGGGAGAAACCGUAUAAAUGCUUUGAGUGUGGAAAGAGCUUCAGUCAGAGUAGCACCCUUACUUCACAUCAAAGAACUCACACAGGAGUCAAACCUUAUAAAUGCUUUGACUGUGGAAAGAGCUUCAGUGACAGUAGCCAUCUUACUUCACAUCAAAGAACUCACACAGGGGACAAACCUUAUAAAUGCUUGCAGUGUGGAAAAAGAUUUAGGUGGAGUAACACCCUUACUUUGCAUCAAAGAAUUCACACAGUAGACAAACCUUAUAAAUGCUUCAAGAGUGGAAAAACCUUAAGUGAGACGUGCACCCUUACAUUGCAUCAAAGAAUUCACACAGGGGACAAACCUUAUAAAUGCUUGGAGUGUGGAAAGAGCUUCAGUCAGAGUAGCGGCCUUACUUUGCAUCACAGAACUCAUACAGGGGACAAACCUUAUCAAUGCUUGGAGUGUGGAAAGAGCUUCAGUCAGAAUGGCCACCUUACUUUGCAUCACAGAACUCACACAGGGGACAAACCUUAUAAAUGCUUGGAGUGUGGAAAAAGCUUCAAUCAGAGUAGUGCCCUUACUUCGCAUCAAAGAACUCAUACAGGAGACAAACCUUAUAAAUGCUUCAAGUGUGGAAAGGGCUUCAGUCACAGUAGCACUCUUACUUCGCAUCAAAGAACUCAUACGCAGGACAAACCUUAUCAAUGCUUGGAGUGUGGAAAGAGCUUCUGUCAGAGUAGCACCCUUACUUUGCAUCACAGAAUUCAUACAGGAGACAAACCUCAUAAAUGUUUGGAAUGUGGAAAGAACUUCUGUCAGAGUGGCCACCUUACUUCGCAUCACAGAACUCACACAAGGGAUAAACCUUAUAAAUGCUUGGAGUGCGGAAAGAGCUUCAGUCAGAGUAGCCACCUUACUUCGCAUCACAAAACUCAUACAGGGGACAAACCUUAUGAAUGCUUCGACUGUGGAAAAAGCUUCAGGUGGAGUAGCGCCCUUACAGUGCAUCAAAGAAUUCACACAGGGAACAAACCUUAUCAAUGCUUGGAGUGUGGAAAGAGUUUCAGUGACCGUAGCCAGCUUACUUCGCAUCAAAGAACUCACACAGGGAGCAAACCUUAUAAAUGCUUGGAAUGUGGAAAGGCCUUCAGUCAGAGUAGCCACCUUACUUCGCAUCACAGAACUCACACAGGGGACAAACCUUAUAAAUGCUUGGAGUGUGGAAAGAGCUUCAGUCAGAGUAGCCACCUUACUUCGCAUCAAGGAUGUCACAUAGGGGACAAACCUUAUACAUGCUUGUAGAGUUGAAAGACCUUUCGUCAGAAUGGCUACCUUCAGGGAAAAAAGCUUUAAGCAGAGUUCAACUCUUUCUGUGCAUCGAAGGAUCCAUAGGGGGAUGCUUGGCUAUGAACAGGAGUUUUAUAGGGAGUUUCAGACCCCCAACAACCUUCUUCUUUUAGCUUAACCACAGACUGUUCCACUUCCCUUCGCCUGCUAUUUUGGUGGCCUUUCAGUUUUUCCUUUGCAGAGACAGAGAGGAUUUUGCUUUUCCAGAGAUGGGUGAGCACCCAAGAUGGAUGCUGAGGCCAAAGUGGCUGCAUAAGCCAAAAUGGCCCCUCCAUUGUCCAGUUUCCCCCCAUCAUAUCCUCCCCUCUGGUAGUUUCUAAUUGCCAAAUUCAAUAUUCAAUUAAUGACAUUUCAUGUAUUACUUUAUCUACUUCCUGUAGAUCCUCCCUCUCUGUCAUUGUUACCUCCAUGUGCAUCAUUCGAACAUCAGUUUUUGUGAUGGACUUAGUAGUUUUUGUCACACAGCUUCUAAUGCAACAUAACGCCAACUGGACUAUUAUAUAUAUGAGCAUUAGCAAGCAUAAUCCCAUUAUAACAUAUUUUAGUAGAUUUUUACUAGGCCUUCUCCCAUCCCCCUGGAUUCGGUAGCCAUCCCCACCAAUCAAAAUCGCUACUCCGGUCAACAUAAGCUACUUCUGCCAUUUGCUCAACAUGAUACUAUGGAGUUGGCAUGGGAUUCAGUCUCUCUAGCUGAACUGUAUGUAGGAACAACUUUCGCUCCCAAUGAUGGCACAAGUCCCUCCGUCCGUAGGGAGCAAAUAGCCUACUGCCAUCCUGUUUUGGAGAACCGUUUUCCUUAUUUGGGUUUGGGUUGCCUGUAGGGUCUUUAUAGCCUUAGAGGCCACAGGAAGAGCUUCUUUGGUCUCAUUUGCAAGAAUUUCCACUGCAGAUUGAAGUCUCAAUACUCCAGAACCUACGGCGGCCAUGCCAGCCAAGGGCAGAAAAGACCACCCUAUUACUGAGCCCAUCAUUAAGGUCCUGCGGUUUUGUAUGUCCCAUUGUGCAGAAAGGCAAGCAGGUUUUGAUUUCUCUCAUUUUUUCUCUGAGUGGUGAGGAUCUCUUGUUCGUAGAAUAGUUAGAGGAAGCAUGAAAAUCAUGAUAACAUUGGCAGAAAGUGGGAUUUCUCCAGUCCCCUUCAAGGGUGAAAUAAUGUUUGCAUUUACUUACACCAACCUCCAUGCCUUUCUUUCCUUUGGUCUUGUUUCCCAAAAACCAGAACUUGCUCAAUUUUGGCAGGAUAUACCAAACCCUAUUUUGUUGGGCCACGGGGGCUAUGUCCCGGGUAGAAUUUGCGCUUAACCAAUUCAAUUCCAUCGGCAUAAAAUUGGAAUUGCUUAUUAAUAUGUUAAACCUUUUUUAAAAUGUUUUUAAUCUUAGAUUUUUUUGAAAGCUUUGUUUAAGAAACAUUUUUAAAGAUGUCUUGUUUAAGUGUAUUUUGGGGUCUGUUUUUAUGAUGUUUUAGAGUUUCUGGUGCUUUUGUUUGCUGCCCUGGGCUCCUGCUGGGAGGAAGGGCGGGAUAUAAAUCAAACAAAUGAAUAAAAAUGGGGGCCGUGUCAGUGAUGUUCUCUUCAGUCAAAGGGAUGGGUACAAGGGGAAAGCCUCCCUCCCCAUGGACAGGGAGUAGGGAGCAUAUCCAACUGUUACUCACAUAGAUGGAAGCGAUUCUUGUUGGGUUUAAGCAAGCUUGCAUCCCCCCCCCUUGAUAGGAAAAUGUUCCCUCUAACCAGUAUUGGGGAUAUCUCUAUAUGUUUGUUUACCAUGAUGUAACUUCCUCAAAGGGUGGGGUUAUUUAUUUCUCAGAGGGUGGCAACGCGGAAAAAGGCUUUUUCUGUGGUGGCCCCCGAACUGUGGAACGAUCUGCCAGAGGAGAUACGCUUGGCGCCAAUGUUACUAUCUUUCCGGCGCCAGGUUAAAACUUUUCUCUUCACCCAGGCUUUUUAACAUGUUUGUAUGCGUUGAUAUUGUUUUAAUUUUUAAUAUUUUAAACUUUUAAUGUGCUUAUAUUGUUAUACGUUUAUUGUAUUUUUGAUAUUUCUUGUCUUGUGAACCGCCCAGAGAGCUUCGGCUAUGGGGCGGUUGUGAUGUGCCUAUAUUAAUGUAUAUAUGGUAAGUGUUGGUUGUUUAGAAGAUACAUGGUAAGUGGAGUGAAAGAGGAGGGGGAGUGAAUGGGCAGUAGAAUGCUAGAUGAUUGGCUGAGUGUUUAAAAUGGCUGAACGUAUAAAAGGAGGAGAGAGAGUGGAAUCUGGGGGGAGAAGAGAAAGAGUGGGUUGUUUGGAGAGAGUGGAGAAGGAGGGGGGUGGAGUUUGGAUUAGUACUGAGUAAAACC